CAAAAGAAAGAAAAUGAGAGAAACUAUCUGAAAAGGCCCAAAAAAAAAAAAAAAAAAAAAAGAAAAUCAGCAGCUGUAAACCUAGGCUAGGGUGGUGGUUGCAUCAAAUUCGAUUGACUCUGAGAAGUAGUGGGUUGUUUUGUUUCUGGGGAUGGGGAGUCGCAGUCGGAGUCUGAGUAGUGAGGCAAUUUGGACAGUAUUAUUGGCGUGGGCGGGCAUGACAAUAAUAGGGGGAGGGAUGACGAAGGCAGAAGGUGGAAACAAGUCGGCUUCCGGAAGGCUGUUUUGGUCUACAGCAAAAGAGGAGGGAGAUCUGGUGAGGAAGGCGGAAGUGGAGGAUUCCAUCGAGGUCUUCAAUCAAAAAGACGACUUCGACGGAGGUUUUUCUUCCCUCGAUGGAAUGUUACAGUGGUCGAUAGGGCACUCUGAUCCAGCAAAGUUGAAGGAGACAGCAGAAAAUGUCCAACGAUUAUCUCCAGACAAGCUAAAGAAACGUCAAAUGGAAUUAAAGGAACUGGUGGAAAGAUUGAAAAUGCCUUCUGAUGCACAGUUGAUGCAAAUUGCAAUAGAUGACUUGAAUAAUUCAUCUCUGCCUUCGGAAUAUCAUCAUCGUGCAUUACAGGAGCUUUUGAUACUUGUUGAGCAAAUAGAUAAUGCAAAUGAUUUGCACAAACUUGGGGGUCUCUCUGUAAUUAUAAGAGAACUUAAUAACCCAGACCCAGAGAUAAGGACAACUUCUGCAUGGAUUCUUGGUAAAGCCUGUCAAAAUAACCCAGUUGUUCAGAAGCAGGUCCUGGAAUUAGGAGGACUGGCAAAGCUAAUGAACAUGGUAAAAUCUAGUUUUCUAGAAGAAGCCAGAAAAGCAUUAUAUGCUGUUUCAGCCUUGAUCAGAAACAAUUUAGAUGGCCAGCAAUUGUUCUAUGCAGAAACUGGAGACUUGAUGCUGCAGGACAUACUACGCAACUCAAGCAUUGAUAUUAGACUACGCCGAAAAUCUGUGUCUCUUGUGGCUGAUUUGGCGGAGUGUCGAUUACAAACUAGAAAUAUUGCAGAGCUACCUUUUUUCAGCAAUCGUUUCUUCUUGAGGUCCGUGGUUGAUCUAACAGCAUCAACUGACCUGGAUCUACAGGAAAAGGCCCUUGUUGCAAUUAAGAAUCUCUUACAACUCAAGACCACUGAAGCUUUAGUUUUUAAGGACUUUUGUGGAUUAGAUGGAGCAUUGCACAGGAUGAGGCAGCAGUUGCAGCAGUUAAUGGCAGAGGAAUAUCUUAGAGAUUAUGCACUGGAUGUGGAAAGCCUUCGCAGGGAGGUGGAGCUGAUUUUCCAUGGAAAGCUGGAGAAGGUAACCCAGGUUCCAACAUGAUUUACGGAUGAAUUGUAUCAACAGAAGGCACAAACCAUGCUGAUUACAAUGCCUGUAAUUUGUGGUUUGUUGAUGUAUGUGUACAUAAAAGAGUCAAUUUGAUAUAGGAGCCUACCUAAAUAAGUUGUUCUUUGAAAAUUUUCCCCCAUUAAUAGAUAAAUCUAAUGACAAACUAUUGAAAGGAGCUUCAUGCAUUGGCAGCUGCAUCAAUGGCAUAGAACAUUGCAGUUUUACACAAGGGUCAUUCUUAAAUGAUGGGAUGUUCUGCCAUUUUAAUUAUUUUAGGUGUGUCCGUCGAAAUUAAAUUGCUAGUGAUUGCUCUGUUGCAUAACGGUUGUUUUACUUGCAACAAUUGUAUUUGUUAAUUUCAAAUGCAGACGUGUAGGAUGCAAUGUCUUUGAGAGCUUUCGAAUCCA